UCCGCCGCCUCGCGCGGACCCCAAUGCCGCCCCCUCCGCGGAUCCCUCCCCUGGCGGCCUGGCACCGCCCUCGCUCCCUCCCCGCCGCGGUGACUCACGGAGCGGGAGGCGGAGGCCGAAGCGGCCGCUCCCGCUUGUGCUGCUGCCGCCGCCGCCGCGGCUGCUCGGGCUGAGCGCGCUCCGGAACAGGCCGCACGCGCCGCGACCGGGACCCUCACUCCCGCCGGCUCUGCCGGGUCGGGCGGCCCAGGGUGGCAACCUCCUCCUCCUCCCCACCCCCGGCCACAGCCCAAGCCUCACAGCCGCGUGCCCGUGUGCCAACGUUAACUUCCAGAGCAGGAGUCCUCAGAGCUGGGCCAGGGGGAUGAACUGCGAGGGCGCAUCCGGAAAGAGUCCGGAGGAGAUGUACAUCCAGCAGAAGGUCCGUGUGCUGCUCAUGCUGAGGAAGAUGGGCUCAAACCUGACAGCCAGCGAGGAGGAGUUCCUGCGCACCUACGCGGGUGUGGUCAGCAGCCAGCUCAGCCAGCUGCCCCAGCACGCCAUCGACCAGGGUGCAGAGGACGUGGUGAUGGCCUUCUCCAGGUCAGAGACGGAGGAUCGGAGGCAGUAGCUGCUGUGAGCCCCUCCCUCAGGACGCUCUGGAAGCUGUCAAGGGCCAGACGGUCUAGGUGACUCCUGCGAGUGCAGCGUCCACUGGUCUGUGUGGCUCCUGCAAGUGGCAGCGUCCACCGUCCCUCCUCCCUCCCCACCCCACCCCUGUCCCUUACCCCCAGCCUGGCCACACAGUGGGGCUGACACCCCAGGGGACACCACACCAGUGGUGCAUUUACAGUUGGCUUAAAGGGAUGGACUCGUGAUUGGCUACAGGAAGAAACCUUUUUAUUUUUAAAUCUUGACCAACGGAAACCUUUUAUUUUUAUUUCUGACUCUUAUUUUUUUAAAAAUUUGCGCCUCGGUAUCUGGCUUCCCAGGAAGUUGUCCGAGCUCUGGUGCUUUAUUUAGGUCAUUUUUUAGGAAUGUGAAGAGGCCUGAUUGGCUGUUUAAACUGGAAAAGGAUAGUGAUUGGCUGGCUAGUGGGACAGGGUCUUGUCUGUGAUUGGCUGCAGAUGUUCUGCUGAUACCAACAGCUUCACUAUGCUGAAUGCAGAAAACAGGGUCUGGGACAUUGGUUGUUAUAUUUGACUUGAAAAGAAAAAGCAAUCAAGUGCGCUUUGCAAUAUUUAUUACACAAAGAGCUUGCUGCCGCCUUCA